AUGGCCGCCGCUGUGGCUCAGCCUCGCACUGCGCCAACAGACUCAGGCUCCUCCUAUUCGCCGAGAUACAUCGAUAUUGGCAUCAACCUCGCCGACCCGAUCUUCAGGGGUCGAUAUCACGGCUCGCAGCGACACCCGGACGACCUUGCCGCCGUCGUCGACAGAGCUCGCCAAGUAGGAUGCUCCAAGCUGAUGGUGACGGGCUCGGACUUUCAGAGCAUCCGUGACUCGCUGCAGCUGGCGAAAGACUACCCCGGUACCAUCUUUGCUACGGCCGGCAUCCACCCUUGCUCCUCUGCCAUAUUCAGCUCCGAAGAGGACGUACGCGAGAAUGGGCAUGUCGAUGCCGAACCAGUUCCGGACCAUCACCUCCCCGACGCCGACAAGUCGGCCGACAUCCUCGCGCAGCUGACCGACUUGGUGGCCCAGGCGAGGAAGUCUGGGCAGAAGCACCUUGUCGCCAUGGGCGAGUUUGGUCUCGACUACGACCGGCUUCACUACUGCAACAAGCUCGUUCAACGGCAUUCGUUCGAGGCACAGCUGGCAGUGGCCGCCGCAAUGACACCCCAGCUACCGCUGUUUCUGCACUCCAGGGCCGCUCACACCGACUUUGUCGCUCUGCUCAAGGCCGCGUUUGGAGACGGCCUCGAGAGGCUGGAGAAAGGUGGUGUCGUGCACAGCUUCACCGGCACAGCCGAAGAGAUGCGCGAGUUGAUGGACCUCGGCCUCCACAUUGGCAUCAAUGGGUGCAGCUUCAAGACGGCGGAGAAUUGCAAAGUCGUCGAGGAGAUUCGCCUCGACCGGAUCAUGCUCGAGACGGAUGGCCCGUGGUGCGAAGUGCGACCCAGCCACGAGGGUUGGAAGCAUCUGAUCGAGGCGAAGACGGUACCGGAACCGGCCGGGAAGGAGACGGCCGACGAGGCCGAGGCGAAGCCGAAGCCGAAGCAGACGCAGAGCAAGAAAAAUCAGAAAAAGAUACCGGAGGUGCCUGAUCGGUUCAAGGUGGUCAAGAAGGAGAAGUGGGAAGAAGGCGCCAUGGUCAAGGGGCGCAACGAGCCAUGCAACAUUGAGCGCGUGGCCAAGGUCGUGGCUGGAAUAAAGGGCAUCAGCGUCGAAGAAGUCUGCGAGGCGGCCUGGAACAACACUGUCAAGGUGUUUGGGCUGGGAGCGGAAAGCUGA